GGUUGCUGCCAGAAACUGGGUGGCUUGGACGACUUUCUCCCGCAGUGCGUGUCCUCUGUCACCUAUUUGGUGCCAAAAUACGUUAACAAGAGCAAGCAAUAUGAUCUCACCAUACUGUUCUGUAGCCUUCUAGUCAACUUGCUGGAACGUUCGGUGCUCAACAGAUCCAAGAUUAUUGGGCUGAAGGUUUCGGUUUAUGAUGCGAAAACUAAGAAAGAAGAAUGCGAAUGUACGCUGAAAGUGUUUACCCAGGUCAUUAUCACAGCACGUUUUUAA